AUGCUUUUCUUUCGACGUCGUGAUACACUAACUCGGUCGAACUUGACCGAUCAAGAACGAUGCAUACAUGCAUGUCUUUUCUUCUCAUUUAUCUUACUUAUUCUUACGAUUCUACUAUUUUAUUUUGGUGCAACAUCUAAAGGUAUCGAUGAGCCACGCCUUUAUUAUUAUCUAGGAGCUGGUAUUAGUCUUGGUUUUCUUAUCUUAAUGACAAUAUGUACAAUAAUGUAUAUUCGACGAUUUUAUGGUGGUCCUGUAUCUUCAACUCAUCAUCGAGGAAUUACUUCGGAAUCGGAACAUGAGAGUUCAAAAUAUUCAAAUAAUGAUGCAUGA